GGUAAUUUCAAAACAUUAGUUAUUGGGUACAGGAUAAGUCCAUGAUAAGACCAGUCCUCAUGUACGGCAGAGAAACGUGGACCAUAACUCAAAAGAACGUGCAUACCAUUCAAGUUGCUGAAAUGAAGAUGUUGAGAUGGAUGUGCGGCGUAACCAGGCUCGAUAAGAUCCGCAACGAGUUCGUGCGAGGUAGCCUCGGUGUGCGCGAUAUCGCUGAUAAGAUGCAGGAGAGUAGGCUGCGAUGGUAUGGUCACAUAAGGAGGAGGCCGCCGGACUACGUCGGUAAUUUAGCACUACAUCUUUCCCUUCCCGGCCGCAGAUCCAGAGGCAGACCCAAAACUAGAUGGAAAGAUGUAGUGCUAAAAGACAUAAGUGAGUGCCAAGUCUCAGAUGAAGAUGUCGAGGACAGGGCGAGGUGGAGGAAACUGAUUGGAAAAGCCGACCCCACCACCAUGUGGGAUACGAGCUAGGCAGAGAGAGAAAGAGAGAGUUAUUGGGUACAGGAAGAUAAGUAAUAAGUAGCCACCAUUUAAUUUAAGUUUCGUUUUCGGUAAUUUCUCUUCCCCCAUUAGAAAAAUCAAAGAGCAAUGGAGCCGACUUUUAAGUAGGGCA